GUCUGUGAAAACAAGGGCGAGCGGAGCAGAGGAGUUUCCGUUAUCCAUUAUCUUUCUCUCUCUACCAUUACGAUGGUAUCCGAUUCAAUCAAAGUUUCAAUUCCAUCUGCCCCUAAGGAUUUUGGCAAGAAGAAGAGGGCGAACCGUUCUGCCAAACUGAAGCAGUGCAAACUUGAUGUUCGUAGAGAGCAAUGGCUUUCCCAAGUGAAGAACAAGGGAAGCAAGGAGAAGCCGAAUGGCCUAGGAGUGUCCCCAUGCGAAAACGAGAGGAAGAAUGACAUGGAAAAUCUGGAGACUAGGAGAAUAGGGAGAGGAAAUGAAGAAGAGAAGGAAAACGGGUCGAUCUACCACGAAUUCGAUUCUGAUUCCCCUUCCCACAGUCCCACCGGAAGUAGCGUUCUUAGCUGCACCGAUGUUGGUACCAAUUUCACGGGCUCCUCCAGCAGCAGCAGCAGUAGCAGUGGUGGCUGUUGCUCUGGCAGCAUUACAGAGGAGGAAGAAGAAGCAGACGAUGAUUGCUUGGACGAUUGGGAGGCUAUUGCUGAUGCUUUAGCUGCUAAUGAUGAUAGCAAGGAAGGAAGUCAAAACAAUAAUUCGUGUCCGGUGUCAGAGUCCUCCCCCAAAUUUGAACCUAGUGUUCGAUCAGAUUCUAUUUCGCCUGAACUUGAACCUAGUGUUCGAUCAGAUUCUAUUUCGAAUAAUUUGGAUUCUAGUCUCGAGGAUUUGAAGCAAGAGUGCCCCAAAACGGCACCACCUAGAGUGGCUCAUGGGAAUAGCCGGGCAUGGAGGCCCGAUGAUGCAUUUCGCCCACAGAGUCUGCCUAACUUGUCAAAGCAGCGGAGCUUUCCAAAUACACAGAGGCAUUAUGGACAAGGUGGACUCCCGUGGCAUUGUUCAAAUCCGGUUAACGUGCCUUCUUGCUGUCCUAUAUGUUGCGAGGAAUUGGAUGUCACUGAUUCGAGUUUCUUGCCCUGUACAUGUGGAUUUCGGCUUUGCCUCUUCUGCUACAAUAGAAUCUUACACGUUGAGGAUGGGCGCUGUCCAGGUUGUAGGAAGAACUAUGAGGGCAACGCUGAGGAGGCCGAGUUGAGUGUGAGUGGAGGUAGCCUGACUUUCAGGCUGUCUCGUUCUUAUAGCAUGAUUGCUAGGUAGGAGGGUGAAUCUCUGUUUUGGUGCAUUACAUAUGUGGGUUCUAUCUGUCCUUCAGCAUGUCUUGCUUGUUCUGUUUUAGUCUUAGACAUUCUCGUAGAUUUUCUAGUUGUGGGUAAUAGCCGGUAAUGCCUUUUGCCACCUGGUGUUGAACUGCUUCUCUUAUGAGCUCUGUUUUUAUCUUUAUGGUGCAUAUGUUGAUGUAGGAAACUCAGUGUUUUGAUCUGUGAAUAGAUAAAGGCGGUAUAGAAAUACAUAAAAAAAAUUAUUACAAUA